AAUUUGUUAAGCAACAGCAACAGCAGCAUCAACAAGCACCCAGAGGCUAAUUAAGGAAUUUCUGGGAUGACAACAGUAUCUAUAGCAACAACCGCCAUGUUAAAUCGCAUAAUGUUGCUGCCAGUUUUGCAGGCACGUUGUCAUUUAAUUGCGCUCGUUGUGGUAACAGCAUUAGCCGCCUGCUGUCAGCUGUCUACGGCGCAGAACUCAGAGACAUUCGUAGCAACAAUUGUCAGCUCGAAUAAUGCGUUGCAAUCUUUGAAUGAGACGAGACUCAAUGAGACAAUAACAAUCAAUAUUAGCGAGGUGAUUGCUGCUGCUGCUGCGGCAGAGAACAAUACAACAAUAGCACCAACAAGCACAACAACAGAAGCAACAGCAUCAUCAUCAAGCAGCACCACAGCAGCAACAUCUACGACGACAACAGCUGCUAGCUCAACAACAGCAGCAACAGUUACAACACCAGCAGAAAGUUUCACAACAACAGCAGCAACAGUUACGACACCAGCAGAAAAUUCCACAACAACCGCUGCAAUAGAAACGACAAGUGCUGCAACAGCAACGCCAGACUUGAGCAACUCAACUACAGCAGCAACAUCGACAACAACACCAGCAUCAACACCAGGAUUGAGCAACUCAACUACCACAGCAACUUUCACAACACCAACAACAUCAACAACACCAGCAACAACAACAACACCAGACUUGAGCAACUCAACUACAACAGCAACUUCCACAACAACAGCAGGAGUACCAACAACAGAGUCAACCAGCUCCACAACAACAUCAACAAUAACAACAACACCACUAGCAAAUACAACAGCAACAGCAAUUAUUGCUGCGAAUACUACAACAGAGUUACCAGUCACAACAACAACACCAAUCAUAACAACAUUUGCUGACAGCAGCAGCAGCAGUAGCAGCGCAGCAACAACGACAACUUUGCAGCCUUAUCCAAUGGCGCCAUAUCCAACUGUUUUUGGACAGAUGGCAACCCUGAGCUUAGCCAAGCAGCUGCUCCAGCAGAAAAAGGAACGCUUGGGUCGCAAGGGACGCAAAGGACGCAAGGGUCGUAAGUUGCGUAGACGCAGCACAACAACAACAACAACAACGACAACAGAAUCACCAAUAGAAACAACAACAACGUCUGGCGAUAAUGAUAAUGAUGAUGAUAAUGAAAAUGAAAAUAAUGCUAGCGAGCUUGAUGAUCCGGCCCUAUUGGAGCCACUGCCAGAGUUGCCACUUAAUUUGGGCAACAUCGACAAUCAUCGCAUUAUCCCAUAAUACCUAUACACAAUUGGGCUAAGGCAUUUUACCAUUAACUAAUCAAACUAUCAACGAAUUAAUACAUAUUUAUUUAUUUUAUUUAUCACCUUUUUGUAUUUGUAUUUUACAGAACUGACAUAAUAAUAAAGCAAACAAAAUCAUGUUGCAUAAACAACUCAA